UGCGCCGGAAGUGGACGCCAAACGUGGCCGUGUUAAGCAACAACAACAACGACAUCGACAACAUAAAAAGUGCCGUUCUGUGUGUUGGCAACAACUGUGUUCGCGUGUUGAUGCUGCAUGUAAUGGCCAUAAACAACAACGAGAACAGCAGCAGCAACAACAACAACAACGACAACAAUCAGCGCAUCAAGUGAAUUAAGCGAUUUUUAAAGCUUUACGCUAAAUGAAAUUUGAAUUGCCGUUCAACGAAUACACGAAAUACACGAAAGUGUUCACUUGUGUGUGCAAAUUAAAUUACGCAAAUCAAAUAAAUGUUAAAAAAAACCAAUGCAACAAAAACCCACAAAACAAAUGUAUAAAAUGCAUGGGAAAUAAAAGUAAACCUGCAAAUGGAAAUUGCUGUGAAAAACUAAACCAACAGAAAUAUAAAUAAAAAAAAUAAAAAGGAAAGUCGCGUAAUUAAACGAAUAUAUAUUAAAGUAUAUAUUCUCUCUGCGCAUGUGUAUGUGUGCGUGUGUAUGUGUGUGUAUUUAACUAAUUCUAAUUAAACGCACAAAUUGCAAUACACAAAAUGUUUAUAAUCACGGUAAUUAAACUUUUGCUAAUUGCGCUCAACAUAUUUCCAAGCCGUUUUACAAAUCGGCGGAUUAUGUUUCUCAUCUAUAUGACGAAUCUAGUGACACAUGUUAUGAUGGAUGAGCCCCGCUUUGCGCAGCCCAUACCAAAUGUCACCGUUGCCGUUGGUCGUGAUGCCAAUCUGCCCUGUGUGGUCGAGCAUUUGGGCGGCUACAAGGUGGCCUGGAUACACAUUGAUCGCCAGAUGAUACUCACCAUACACCGCCAUGUCAUCUCGCGCAUACCACGCUACAGCAUCACCUAUGCGGACAACACGUGGCUGCUGCACGUCAAUCAGGCGCAUCAGGACGAUCGCGGCUAUUAUAUGUGCCAGGUCAACACCAAUCCCAUGAUUAGCCAGGUUGGCUAUCUGCAGGUGGUGGUGCCACCCAACAUACUGGACAUUGAGAGCACCCCAUCUUCGGUGGCAGUGCGUGAAAAUCAAAAUAUCAAUAUGACAUGUCGCGCCGAUGGAUUCCCAACGCCAAAAAUCAUAUGGCGUCGAGAGGAUGGCGAGGAAAUUGCCGUAGAGAAAAAGAAAAAAGUUCUGGUGUACGAUGGCGAUAUCCUGCCGCUGACCAAAGUGAGCCGCAACGAGAUGGGCGCCUAUCUGUGCAUAGCCACCAACGGAGUGCCGCCCUCUGUCUCGAAGCGCAUAAUACUGGAUGUAGAGUUCUCGCCAAUGAUUUGGGUGCCGAAUCAACUUGUUGGCGCGCCAGCUGGCACAGAUGUAACCAUCGAUUGCCACACCGAGGCUCAUCCCAAAGCCAUCAUCUAUUGGGUAUACAAUUCUGUAAUGGUAUUGCCCAGCAAGAAAUAUAAGACCGACUACACAGAGAACUCGUAUCGCGCCCACAUGAAACUGACGAUAAGAAACCUACAAUAUGGCGACUUUGGCAACUAUCGAUGCAUCUCAAAGAAUUCUCUUGGGGAAACGGAAGGCUCCAUACGUGUUUAUGAGAUACCUUUGCCAUCAACACCAUCCAAACAAGUAACACACACCACCGUCGAGUCCAGGGAGAGCAAUAUUAUACCAACUUUACGCAACGAUUCAACGAAAUCGCUACAAACGGAUGUUUACGCCAUGAAAAACGAUUUGUAUGCUGGCAGUGGCUCAUCGUCGGCGGGCUCCAGCUCAUCCGCGGCCUCGUCCUCAUCGAUGCAAACAUCCUUGCUGCCCGGUGGCGCCCCAGGCAAUAGCCUAUCAGCACUAAGCGGCGGCAGCAAGGGCUCCCUGGCGAUAGGCAAGAGCAUGUUCUACACGGAACGUCCACCGAACGAGUACGCAAGCUCCACCGGUGGAGCUUUACGUAGGCUAUGUUGGCUGGGCGUAGGAUUAGCUCUGCUGUUUGCUGCGCUUUGAAAUCAAUAAUUUGAGUCAAACUAAAAUAAACGUAAUAAAAAAUGGCAUUUGUAAAAUGCAGCCAAAGGGGGGUACAGGGGGUAGCUUUUAGGUGUAUUCAUUUCACAGCUGAAGCAAACUGAAAACUGAAAACCAAAAUGAAUACUAAUUAUGUUAAUAGCUACAAUAAUAAUAUAACUAACGAAUAGCUCACAUUUAAUUGAAUUUGUUUAUGGUAAAAUUAAACAAAUUUGUUAAAUGAAAAUUGACAAUGAAAAUAAGCGACAAAAAUUAUUAAACAUUUUUGCUGGCGUGUGUAGCAAACACAACAAAUGCUCAUUAUAUGUACAAUAUGAAAACGUAUACAUAAGAGACACACACACAUACAGACAAACAGAAGACUAGUGAAGAAAAGUUAUUUGUACAAUACAAAAAUAUGCAUGUUCGUGAGCAUAAAAAAAAAAAAAAUUAAUUCAUAUAGAAAUUUAGUUUAUAAUAAAAUUGUUGAGCUUUUGUUUUUGCGUGUGUUCGCAUGUGAGUUUCCUAGGGCUUAGCAUUUGGUUUUUCUUAAAUACACAUGCAAAAAUAUUUAGCCAAAAAGCAAAGCUUUUCCAUCGAGCAUUAUUCUAGACUUAAAUAAUAUUUUUCUUUGGCCAGAUGCUAAGUGAAUUUUCAAUGGAAAUGAAUAUACACUUGGAUUACAAAUAAUUUAAAAUGAAAAACAAAAAGGAUAAUCGUUUAAAAAAGCGUUGCAUAUUGCAUAAAAUUGCAUAUCUUAAGCAAAUAACAGAAUUUAUCAUAUCCCAAACGUAAACAUAUGAUGGAAAUACAUAUGAAAAUUGUGUCUUUUGUUCGUUUUGAGUUCUUAAAUAGAGUUUCUAGUAGCUUAAGUCAUGCAAUACAAAUUGCUGCAGUUCAUUUAUUGGGGUCAUCAUUAAUUGAACAUUUAUUUACCAUUGAAAUUUUAGUAAACAAAAGCUUUUCAUUUACAUAUUUAACUUUUAUACACUCUUGCAUUACAUUUAUAUUUUUGAGCACUUGAUUUUUUGUUAAAUUUAAUUUUGGAUUUCGAUUCUAUGUACUUCAUAUCCGGCGCUUUUGCAAUAUUUCGCAAUAUAAAAGAAAUUGCAAUUUCCAAAAUGCAGAAAUUUCAUUGAGCUGCUUGAGGCUGGGCAACGCUCCCAGGGCGGCAGCAAGCUGUCUUUACAGUUGUUGCCAUGUUUGGUCGUGGCAAUAAAACGCCUUAAAAAUGUCAUUAAUUUUUACAUUGCACGCCCACCACCCAGCUCCUCUCGCACUCGGCGCUCCCUGCGCGCCGGGCACCAGCCAGAAAGAAAUUGCAAUAAUAAUAUUCUGGCAACGUUCACGUGGCCAUUGGCUUGAUUUUACGUAUUCGAGCAAAUUGUUGCUUACUGGCUUCGGUGUCCACAUCCGUGUUCCUCGUCCUCGUUCUCGUCCUCGCAGCGCUUUUGUGCGCUUUCAUCAUUUUUUAAUAAAUGCACAUGCUAAUUAUAUUAUUACUCAUACGACCCGUGGCACGACAUUGGCCGUAACGCCGAGCGCCGAGCGCCGCACGCCGAGUGCCGAACACGCUGAAACGUUGUCUGCGCGAAAUACUUGCAAUUAAUUUCAGCAUAAAAUUGCGUGGCCUGCGGUCUCCCUACCCCGCACAAUGACACACAGUUAACAUGUCCAAUUUAUUGGUCAUAAUUCAUGCAGACCAAUGACGAGGCCCCCAAAGGCGGUCCACAGGCGGGCCCCCCAGUCGAAACCAAGCGACUAUCGACAGCAAGAAAAAUGGUAUUAAGGCCAGAAGAUAUAUGGCACAUUUGCAUAUAUAUAUAUAAAUAUAUAUACAAAAAAUGGGCAAGAGUUCUUCUCUGUCUUUGUGUAUGUGUGUGUGUGUUUAUAUGCGCACAUACAUAUAUGAUAUGUUGUUGUGUGUGAGCGGGGUUAAGGGGCUGCCAAUUUACUGUAUUUAUGUCAUGUGUGUUGUUGCCGUAACUAUAUAUGGUUUUAAUAAUUUCAACCGUGUUGCAUAAAGUGCGGCGUACAGUGCGUGGCAGCUGGCCAAGCGGCAGAGCACACAUAGUUAACUGUUAACCGAUGUUAACUGCAAAAGGACUCGCUGCAGCGCCUAGAUAAAUGAGUGUAUUCAAAGUAAUAUAUGAAUAGUCAACAUUGUUGCCGUCACAAUGCAACAAAAUUAAUGCUUUUUAUUUUAUUUAAUAUUUUUAUUGUAUGCUUUUCGUGUGCUCAUUGUGUGAUUGUUAUUAUUGUUGUUGCUGUGGAGCAAAUAAGGACAUGCGCGUGUUGACUUACAUGCAUUGUCGCUUCUGCCAUUAUCUCGAACAAUGCAGCUAAUUAAGUAUUAUAAAUGCAAACCGUAAGGCAGCACGCAGUGCCUGUCCCAAGGACAUCCACGGAGCCAACAUGCGCUUUAAAUUUGCGUCAUUUGAAGCUGAACUUAUCUUCACUAUAUCAUUUAUUUCCAUUUAUUGCUUAUGAUUUAUAAACGGGCAUUCAAGUUUUUUUCUUUCUUGCAUCUCAUUUAACAUUAACUUGGUUCAUUUAACAUUAACUGAUCUGCGGCUAUUGUUUUUUCCUUUCCGUUUUACUCAACAAAUAUGUAAAUAAAAAAGUUCGUUUCAUAUAAAACUAAAUUAUUAUAUAUACAUAUAUUAGCCGCUGUACACUAAAUUGCCUUUUUAUGUAAAUAGCUAAUAACAAUUAUAAAUAAUUAUUGCCACAAUAAAAUUCAAUAACACAGCGCAAUAUAACUAAACAAAAAAAACGUAUUCCAUUUCAAAAAGCAUAAAUAACAAGUUUUGAAAACAAAAGCUGCAAAAGUUUAAAGUAAAGAGUAUAAAGAAAAAAAAAUACAAAAAAAAAAGAAAGAAAAAACUUGCAGUGCUCGUAUUUAAGCCGAUUUAACUAUAAAUAAUUGAUAGAAAAAUUAAGUGAAAAUAAUUGUAAUA